AGGUCAGGGUAAUCGUGGCUGAAGCGGAGGCGGCAUCCUUGCAGCUUUACGGAUGUCAAACACGAACAAACUCGAUUUUGUUCCAUUGGAUUAUGCAGGCAAAAGGUACUUAAUAUGGGCCGUUGACGUCGAGAUCCACCUUAUUGCCCGUAAUUUAUUGCAUACAAUCCAAGAGCUUUGUCCUACAAAAAUAGCUCCAGACUAUCAAACUGAGACCGAUAAUUCCUGGGCACUCGCCUUCAUGAAACGUCACAUGGAUAAUGACCUCCUGUUUGAGUUCAUAAAUGAGGAUACAGCUAUAAAGCUUUGGCAAGCUCUUCGUGAACGUUAUGGCAAUGUUCAUGACUCCAUCCUUCGGAAUAUAGAAGCAGAAUGGAAUGAUCUUCGCUUCUCUGAAUUUGACACAAUCAUGCAAUUUUAUUCGGAAGCUCUCCACAUCAGAGCAAUGAUGCGUCUCUGUGGGAAGACGAUCACAGAAGACCAAUUGAUUGAGAAAACCCUCAAUACCUUCCCCAUCUAUGCUAUGAGGUCCUCUGAUUUAUUCCGGACUCAUGUGAAUGCAAGACGGAUCACAAGUUUUCAACAGUUUAUGGAAGCUAUGGCCACUACUGAAAGAUAUGGCAAUGAACUUGUGAAAGGAGAAAUUGAUAGGCUUCAAGAUAGCCAUCAAGAGCAUCGUCCUAUGGCUAGAGAAAGUCGCCAUCAACGUCAUAAUCCUUACAAUCGAAAUGCUCAAGGUAAUCGCCUAAGGCGACAAUCACACGAUCGUAAUUGUGAUGUCUAAGAAAGGUUUGAACUGAGAGAACGGUUUUAAAAGUGAGCAAUGCUCCACCAAAAUCUCGCCUUACCUACCUGGUCACAACCAAAUUGGAGUUAC